AGGAACCACAGCACUAUCACCCAGUUUAUCCUCCUCGGACUAUCUGCUGACCUCCAUGUCCAGGCUCUAUUCUUCGUGCUCUUCCUGGGGAUUUACCUCAUGACCGUGUUGGGGAACCUGACGAUGCUGCUGGUGAUCAGGGCUGAUUCCCACCUCCACACACCCAUGUACUUCUUCCUAAGUCACCUCUCUUUCCUGGAUCUUGGCUUCUCUUCAGUCGCUGUGCCCAAGCUGCUGGAGAACCUCCUAUCUAAAAGGAAAAUCAUUUCAAUAGAGCGCUGCCUGACUCAGGCCUUCUUUGUGCUUGAUGUUGGAGGAACAGAAAUCUUCCUGCUCUGUGCCAUGGCCUAUGACCAUUAUGCAGCCAUCUGCCACCCUCUGGUCUACAGCCAGGUGAUGAGCAGCCAGCUGUGUGUGAAUCUAGUAUGGGCUUCAUGGAGCCUGAGUUUUCUGGACACAGUUAUCAACAUUCCCCUGGCUGUGAGCUUGAACUUCUGUAAUGCCCAUACCAUCCCCCACUAUAGCUGUGAGCUGCCCUCUCUCUUCCCUUUGUCCUACUCUGAUGUCUCCAUCAACAUCACUGUCCUGGUCUUCUCUACACUCCUGCAUGGCUUUGGUACAUUCUUCCUGAUUGUCUUCUCCUACACCCGCAUUGUCUCCACCAUCCUGAGCAUCAACUCCACUACAGGCAGAAGCAAGGCUUUCUCCCGCUGCUCUUCCCACCUCACUGCAGUGAGCUUCUUCUAUGGAUCUGCUUUCCUUUGCUAUCUGAUGCCAAAGUCAGGCUCCCCUCUGGAGCUGAUCUUCUCCUUACAAUAUUGUGUGGUCACUCCCCUAGUGAACCCCCUCGUCUACAGUCUGAAAAAUAAAGACGUGAAGGCAGCUGUGAAAAGAACCUUGGGGAAAUGUUUGCAAUGGCACAGGUAG